AUGCUUAUUGACCCAGUCGAAUUCUUCAUGAUUUCUCCUUCUUCUUUGAAGAAACUCAUCUCUCACUACAUCCCCAAGGAGCUUCUUCCGUUGGAGUGGGACUGUACUCACAAGAACCCAUUGACAAACAUUCAGAACCUCAUUGACGCCUCCAAUGGCAAACUGCUUGUCUACGGAUCUGCAAGUGAAAUUCUUGAAAAUUUGAAUUUGUACCGUCGUUUUCCUGGAAGUCACGAAAAAUUUGAAUUUAAUUUGGCAGAGACUGAUCCAGUGUUCUAUCAAAGCAUGAAGCGAGCUCUUUAUGUCUAUAAACACGAUUAUUUUUUGAUUCUUCAAUGAACAAUCUCUAUCAGUCCAUUAAGAAGAUUAGAAACCGAAGUUUCAUUAGCGACCAUUACCUCAUAUCUGAAAAUGAGAGAACUUGUGUUGCCAACUCUCAACGAAAUGGUUCCAUACUGCGAAUCGAGCGUAAACCGGCUUCAAACUAGAAUGCAUUUACUCUAUGCAAACUGCAACAACAUGCUCGCAUGAUUCGUUGCAAGACGUGCUAAGAAAAUUCACCGCAAGAAUUCCAAUCAGAGACAAUAAGCAUAUCUACAGAAGAAUGUUUGCGUGGUGUCAGCUUGUCAUCGUUGAAUUGGAAAAAUUCAUAAAAGAACAUGAAACAUGGUUUAUUUCAAGAUUCGCUUUCGGAAACAAAAAAUGUACUCCAGUCGUUCGAAUUUUUGCCGACAAACCAAAUAAGUUUAUGAUGACACAUGAGCUUCUCAAAGCAAUGAAACAAGAGCAAAUGGAUGUUUCUGGAUUCGAAAAAGAAGUUCUCGAUAUGCCAGAGUUAUCGACAUUUACUUAUCAAGAAGUGGCAAAACGGGUUUCACAUGAUGAUUUGCGAAUGAUUGAGUUUGUGAUUACUCCGAUUCAUUCUUCCAACUAUGCAGCGACACUAAUUCCAACGAUAAAUCCUGGGGAAUAUUGUAUUUUGGUAUCUGAUUUUUUGUUCAACCUCUUGGGAAACAUGAUCUCCGCGAAGAAGCUGUUCCAGAAAAUUGAGCUUUCUCAGUUUGACGCGAUCCAAGAGUUUUUCACUUUUAUUAACAAAUAUUUCGACUUGGCCAGUGGUAUUCAAUUUGUCAAUCUGAAAGUUGUCGAAGUAAUCAACAUGGAAUUGGAAGUCCUCUACCAGAUGCUUACAUUCUCAAAUAAAGAAUCUAGUGACAUUCGCGAUAAGAAGAAAUUCACGAAAAAUGAUUUAGAAAAUGAGUUGAAAUACCUGAAGCUUGAUUCUAUAUUCCCAGAAUGUUGUGAACUGUCUCAGAUGUUUUUUGAGCAUAUGGCAGACGCUAAGAAAAGCGAAACAUUGUCAACAACUGAUAUUCACAACAUUGUCGAGUAUCUUCAAUUUGACUGCAUUGCCAGGAGAAUCCCACAAAUUGCCGAGUUUAUUCACAGCCAGGUCGCGUGCACCAUGAUCUAUGGUUACUACUGUGAAACUUGUACCAAAGAAAAAGAAGAAAACGUAGCUGGAAAGGAACAAUAUCCACAUGUUGAAGUAGCAUCUGUUGCAAUUAAAGAAGAGGUUGUGAAAUCUGUAAUUAAAAUUAAAGAAGAUCAAGAAAAAUCAUCUACUUUGAAAAUGGAAAAGCCAAAGAAGACAAAGAAGCAAAAGCCAUCCGACCAGCAACUAUUUAAAGACGCAGUGAAGGACUCCGAAUCGUGCCAAAAAUGCUUCAGAACCAGUGAAUACCAUCGGAAAACAAAAGAAGAUCUGAGAUUGGAGAAAAUUGAAACAAAGCAUCUCAAAAAAUCGUUGAAACUAUCCCAGAACGAAUCCGAUGAGAAAUCCCUAAUCAUCGCCGAGAAAGAUCAAGAAAUUCAGCUUCUGAAAGAGCAAGUAGAAACGACUCAGCAGGAGCUUCUUGAUCGCAAAUCGGAAGAAAAUAAAAUUAAAGAUGAGACGAUUCGACUUCUAACGGAGCAACUUCUGGAUCAUCAAAAUGCUCUCGCGCAAAAAUCUUUGGAAGUUCUUGAACAAAGUGAUGAAAUUCGACUUUUAAAAGCACAAAUUCAAGGCCAACAAAAUGUAAUUGCACAACAAAGUGUAUCAAUCAAAAGUUUGGAGCAGAGAAGUCAGGAAAGAAAAUCAGUACCGAUUUUAGAGAGCAAAUCUCAAAGAUCCGCAGAAGAAAUAAAAGUGGCGCAAACGAUUGUAUUUGAAACACUGAAAGCUCGAGAAAUCUUCGAAACAGAAGAUCCACUAAGCAAGAUAUAUUUGAUGACCUCAAGAAUUUGCGAAAAUACACAAAAUCAAGAGGUGAAAAACAUUGCAAAACGAGAGUUUAGAUAUUUUGAACGUCAAAUCAAGUGCUACGGAAAAGGAUUGAACAAUCGAAUUAAAGAGAUGAACAUUGAACACAUCAAAACCAACCAAAUUCCUGAGCUCCGAAAGUUCCCAACGUUCUGUGAUGAAUUUGUAAGCGCUUAUAAGAAUACCUUGAAAGAAGAUGCUCCUAUCAUUUGUGCUGAACUCCUGAGCACUUCAAACACUCCAAAAUCUUCAUCCUCCGACGAGCUUGAAGAUAAUGAAUGUCUUGUCUGCCUGGAAGACAUGGAAACAGAACAAGAAACAAUGAAGUGCUUGACCUGCAAACGGCAAUAUCAUUCUGCAUGUGUUCGAAAAUGGUUCAAAGUCAAAAGAAUUUGUCCAACCUGUGACGCAGGGCUGCUCGAGGAAACCGAAUUUCCAGCGCUUUUAUGA